ACUGAUAAACACCUGAGUAUUCCCUGGAGUCCUCGAAUCUGCAUUUUAUCACUUAGACUGUGGAGUUCUGCUCAGCAGUCGACUCUCCCUUGGUAUCUAGCUCCAAUUGAGAUAUCAACAUGCGAAUCUUCAUUUUAUUGAGCUUAUUAGUAGCAACAUGGGGAUUUCCUCGGAAUCCAAUGGAAAAUCCCGAUCUCUUCCAAGGAGAUAUCGUAGGCAUAGAGAGCAUUGAAGACCGUAAUGCUAUUCCAAACAAUACUAGAAGAUGGCCCGGUGGAGUCAUUCCCUACAAGAUUGACAGUGGCCUUGAUGAUCUGAAAGAAGAAAUUGCUAAAGCAAUGAAACACAUCUCGGACCGGACAUGCAUCAAGUUUGUACCCUGGGAUGGACUUGAGAGAGGAUACAUUAAGAUAUUUCCAGGAGACGGAUGCUAUUCCUACUGGGGCAGAACAGGCAAGAUCCAACCUGUGUCCUUGGGAUACGGAUGCGAACCAAUCGGAACUAUCAUCCACGAGCUAACCCAUGCUAUUGGAUUCGAUCACGAGCAGAACAGGUCAGACCGAGACGAUUACCUCAUCAUUUACUGGCAGAAUAUUUGGCCAGAUGCACUGGACCAGUUUGACAAACUGAAGCCACACGAGAACCGUCUGAUCAACGAAUUCGACUACAACUCCAUUAUGCUGUACGGAGAGAAGACCUUCUCAAAGGACGGUUGGUCCAAGACCAUGAAAGCCAGGAAGAAGGGAAUCAAGAUCCUCGACGUAAUUCAAAAAGGAAAACUAAGCGACAGUGAUGUCUUCCGUAUCAACACUUUGUACGAGUGCGAUAAGCAAUAGAAUCAUUAAAACCACUUUUCUUAAAUCA